AUGAUUCUCAGGCGCCCACUUCUCAAUGCGACAUCCGCUGCCGUAUCAAUACCAAAGACAUGCGUGCGCAACCUCCAACACUCAAUUCCCAUGCGCCCGGUCCCCAAACCGAUACCUUUUAUCCCCGACCACACGGCCUUCCUCAGCGCAAUUGGCCGCGGCCUCUCAGCACACGCGACAAAGAUCCCCUCAUGGGAAGCCCUCUUCACACUGACCUCGCCGCAACUGAAGGAACUCGGUGUUGAGCCUGCCCGCGCAAGACGCUACCUGCUGCACUGGCGCGAGAAGUUUCGAAACGGCGAAUACGGCAUUGGCGGAGACUGCAAGCACGUCACAGAUGGAGUUGCCGAGCUGAAGGUCGUCGAGGCACCUGUGCCGCCGAACCCGCAACUCGGCAAUACCAUAAGUCCUCGCUCGGCGGCUGCAACGGCGACACACGAUCCUGGGACCAGGAAGUUGGUUGUCAAUGUGCCUGUUGGUGCGGAGAGCCCUCCCGAGCCUGUAGAGACACUGCCAAAAGUCCAGGGUGUUGUUGUAAAGGGCGCCAGCACUAUCAAGGGUAGUUUUGUGGAGCCUGUCAAGGGAAGCGGAGGACUUCGUGCUAGGAUAAGGCUGCAAGAGGGUAUUUGGGAAGAGAGGAGAGGACACAAGGUUGAUGGUGGUGAGAGGAGAAAGGCAGAGGUGCGGGCGAAGAGGAGGGCUGCUGAGAAUAAGGAGAAGGCGCGGUAG